AUGUCCGGCGCUGAAGCAGGUCUUGUCCUUGGCACCAUCUCAGCAAUCAUUUCAAUCAUUGAUGCCACCAAAAAAGUUUACGAGGCUGUCGAAGACGAAGUUGGCCUCCCAACAAAUUUCAAAAAGUCGGCAACGAAACUCCCUCUUAUCUUAAAACUCCUCGAACAUGCGGAAGAAUACGUUAAUAACGAGACGGACGAGUCGAUAAAGGCUGCGUUUACACCUACUUUAGAGGAUUGUAAAGUUCAAGCUAUACAACUUCAAGAGUUGUUUGAAAAGGUCAUGCCAGGAGAGGGUGACUCAAGGUGGGACCGAUAUAUGAAAGCUGCUCGGACGAUUGGCGAAGGCGGUCGUGUGGAGAGUCUGGUUGGGAGGAUUUUAGACGACUUGCAACUCUUAGCAACGAGGUUUCCAGAAGUAACGACAUCAAGAGGCAAAGACCAGCUGGCAACGGCCAUCGAGGAGGUGACUAAGAUGGAGCCUUCUUUACCUGACGGCUUUGAGCAGACGCCUGCAUACGCACACUAUGGAAGUGGCGCCCAAAACGUUCACUUGGGGGGGGGGAAUCAGUACAUUAAUGGUCCUGGCAAUCAGCUCAACGGCCCAGGCAAUCAGUACAAUGGAACCAAUCAUAUUGUUAAUAAUCAUAAAAUUACAACUCCCGAUGAUAUAGAUCGAUCUUGUCUCCGGUCUCUGCGAUGCCCUGAUACGCUAGCUGUCAAAAAUCGGCUGAAAGAGAAUAAGGACAAGUUGCUCCCUAAAUCCAUCGACUGGAUUCUUCAAGACCCUAGAUAUAUUAGUUGGAAGGAUGGAGAGGAUGUAUGUUUACUCUGGAUCAAGGGCGGCGCGGGCAAAGGAAAGACUAUGAUCUCGAUUGGCCUUAUUGAGCGACUUUCACGUCCACAAGAUGAAUCUACCGUGGUGACCUAUUUCUUCUGUCAAGAGGCCGAUUAUGAGCUUAAAACCCUUGAAGCAAUCAUUAAGGGCCUGAUUCUGCAAUUAGUUACUCAGCAAAAGGAUCUCAAAGAGUCUUUGCGACGCCGUUGGGAUACUACAAACGAACGUUUUGAUGAGGAUGUUACGUCGUGGCGAACGCUCUGGAACAUCUUUUUAGAGAUGCUAAGCCGAUGCAAGUGCCCGAGAGUGUACGUGAUCGUGGAUGCUCUUGAUGAGUGCCAAGAUGAUGGCAUGGCAGAUUUUCUAAAGCUUAUUGUCCGAACAGGGCUCGAUCAACCCUCCAAAAUCAAAUGGCUGCUGACUAGUCGACCAUUGGAUAGCGCUGAGCGAGAGUUGUUAGCUGGAUCUGAUCAGGUAGGGAUCAGCUUAGAGCUCAACCAAAAACAACUUUCUGAAGUUGUAAAGACUUUCAUCGCUUCAAAAGCAAUUGAACUCGACCGUCGCCACCAUUAUGGACCAACAUUGCGGCAGAAGGUAGAGACUGAGCUUGCUGCAAAGGCUGAGGACACAAUGUUGUGGGUAAGCUUAGUAUGCAGGAGACUCGAGAGCGUACACCGGGACAAGGUUUUGACCACAAUUCAAGAUUUGCCGCCAGAUCUGCCUGAUUUUUAUCGUCGGGUAUUCAAUCAGCUUAAUGAAGGCGAGUCAGCCGUUGUCAAGGGAUGUAUGCGACUCCUCAAGGCAAUGAUGCUGGCCUAUCGACCUCUGAAUGUGGAAGAGGUGGGUAGCGUGACAGGUCUGUCUAAACAAUUGGUUGCUAUUGAAGUGUGGGUUGAUCGAUGUGCUUCAUUUGUCAAGAGACGAGGAACAGACAUCGAAUUUGUUCAUCAAUCGGCUCGAGAUUUCCUGGCUGGAAGGGAUGGACAAUCUAUAUUCAACUCCUAUGAACAUUAUGGGCAUGGUGAGAUUGCGCUUAAUUGUCUCUCCCAUUUAACCAAACGACUCAAGAUAAAUCUUGCUGAUCUGUCGCGACCUGAUUCAACUAGGGAAUCGAUGAAAACGAAUGCACUCUUGAUUAGCGUGGACUAUACAGCUACCUUCUGGGUUCAGCACAUGGAGUGCGUCAAGCGAACCACGCUGGUACAAAAUGCUCUCGCUGAGCAAGGGGAGGCUAGUACAUUCCUCCGCACAAGGUUAUUAGAGUGGCUAGAAUGCCUGAGUUUAUUGGAUAGGCUCCCAAGCGCUAUUGAGACAUUAAGUACAUUUACAGACGUGAUAAAAAAAAACCCUUCGCUAUCGAAUCUUGUGCAAGAUGCUACACGUUUCUUGUUGCGACACUACCUGACAAUAGCAACUUGGCCAUUACAAAUUUAUAGCUCUGCGAUAGUCUUCAGCCCUCGAACAAGUGUAGUAAGGACAAACAACCUAGACAAGCUUCCUAUGUGGUUAGGAACGCUCCCCCAAGUGGAAGACUCGUGGGCUUCUCUAAUCCAGACACUCGCAGGCCACUUGGGCUGGGUCGAGGCUGUAGCCUUCUCGCCAGACGGCAAGCACAUCGCCUCAGGGUCUAGGGACAACACCAUCAAACUAUGGGAUGCUAGCACAGGCAGCCUCCAGAAGACGCUCGCGAGCCACUUAGGUUUAGUAGGGGCUAUAGCCUUCUCACUAGACGGUAAGCACAUCGCCUCAGGGUCUGGGGACAACACUAUUAAGCUAUGGGAUGCUAGUACAGGCAGCCUCCAGAAGACACUUGUAGGCCACUUAGACUUAGUUAAGGCUAUAGCCUUCUCGCUAGACGGCAAGCACAUUGCCUCAGGGUCUUGGGACAAUACUAUUAAGCUAUGGGAUGCUAGCAUAGGCAGCCUCCAGAAGACGCUCGUAGGCCACUUAGACUGGGUUGAGGCUAUAGCCUUCUCGCCAGACAGUAAGCACAUCGCUUCAGGGUCUAGGGACAACACUAUCAAGCUAUGGGAUGCUAGCACAGGCAGCCUCCAGAAGACGCUUGUAGGCCACUUAGGCUGGGUUGAGGCUAUAGCCUUCUCACUAGAUGGCAAGCAGAUCGCUACAGGGUCUAAUGACAACACCAUUAAGCUAUGGGAUGCUAGCACAGGCAGCCUCCAGAAGACGCUCGUAGGUCACUCAGGCUUAGUGGCAGCUAUAGCCUUCUCACCAGACAGUAAGCAGAUCGCUACAGGGUCUGGGGACAACACCAUUAAGCUAUGGGAUGCUAGCACAGGCGGCCUCCAGAGGACGCUUGUAGGCCACUUAGGUUUAGUAGCAGCUAUAGCCUUCUCGCCAGACGGUAAGCACAUCGCCUCAGGGUCCGCGGACAACACCAUCAAGCUAUGGGAUGCUAGCACAGGCGGCCUCCAGAAGACGCUCGCAGGCCACUCGGACUGGGUCGAGGCUGUAGCCUUCUCGCCAGACGGCAAGCAGAUCGCCACAGGGUCUGAUGACAACACCAUCAAGCUGUGGGACGUUACCAAAGCUUUAAAGGUCUCAAAAUUGCUUGGUAGCACUCUAGGUAGUCAUCUCAGGCACCGUGCAUGGCGGGAAAUCAAGACCUCAAAGCCUGUCUUCUCUCUAAAAUUCUCCGCAAACGGCCGACACCUCAUAACAAAUCUCGGUCAGAUCAAGAUCGAAAGCAUCCUUGCAAAUAGGCAAAGCUUUGGCUUCGAGUCGUUAGAAAAUCUCUGGGUAGAUAAUCAGUGGAUUUACUAUGGAGCGAUGCCUAUAUUUCGUUUACCGUUAGAUUUCGAGGUACAAUGUCAUGAUGCCAUAGGCGAUCAAUUGGGUAUUGGGUUUCGUAACGGUCAAGUUUUAAGCUUCUAUAUUAACCGUAAAAGCUUGAACUCAAUAUUCAAAAACUCAGCGUAAUUCUAUCUCAGCUAACUUAGCAAUUAAAUAUAACGUGGUUCAUCACCAAGCGGGCCACUUUCCACCGUCAUACGGUCUUCAUAAUUCUAC